AUGGCUAGUAGUUCGAAAGUUGAGACAAACAAUGGCGAAUCUGGAGCAAUCGACGAAGGCGUUUUUGAAGAGAUGAAGUCUUUGCUUCACGAAUUUGAGCAGGCAGAAACAGAGCUUGCACGACAGCAAGUGAAACUUUUGGCUCCAAUUUACGAAAAACGACGGAAAAUCUUUGAAAAAAUUUCAAGGUUUUGGACAACAGCCUUCAUGAACCACCCACAUGUCGCCCAGUUUUUAGAUCAUGAUGAUUUUGAGGUUGUUCAAUGCCUUAAUGAACUAAUUAUUGAAAGAGAUGAAAUAAAUUUGGAGAAUUAUAAGAUCAAAUUGACAUUUACUGAAAAUCCCUAUUUCAAGAACACUGAAAUUGUAAAGGAAUUCUCAGUAGAUGCGGAGGGGCGACGUCAUAUAAAAACCACUGAAAUUGCAUGGAACGAAGGCAAGGAUUUCACAAAAAAGCGUAGGGGCGACGAAGAAGAUCAAAGUCUUAUUCGGUGGUUUACUGAACAUAAUACAGACGAUUUGUCUUGGGAGUUGGGAAGAUCAAUCAGAGAUGAUCUAUAUCCUCAGGCUUGGAUUUAUUUUACUUUCGAGGAUGAAGAGGACGACGAAGGUGAAUUUGACGUAGAAGAUUUUCAAGAAGAUUCUGAUGAAGAGGACGAUUCAGCGCCACCAUCAAAAAAGCGCGUUAAAGUUGGAAAAUAA